ACCGCGGGGCACGGGGACACGGGCCGGGCGGCAGCCCCGCUCCGCUCCGCUGCGCGCAUUCCCGCGGGGAUCCGCUCCGGAGCUGGCGGCUCGCGGGGCGCUGCGGGAGCAGCACCGGCCGCGGGGAUCGCCCUGCGGCUGUGCCCCCGCAGCCCCGGCCCGGCCGCUGAGCGUGCCCGGCGGUGCGGGAGGACAGCCCGGGGAGAGGAGGGGCACGGCGAAGGUUGGGAACGGAUCGCUGAUCCCACGGGACCGCGGGGAAUAUCGGCUUUCCUCCCGUGUGUUUCAGGUGACGGACGAGUUCUUGGAAAACCACGUUAGAUCCCGGGCUGCCCAAAUGCCAGCCCCCACCCUGCAGCCUGCCCAGCGCCGUGAGUAACCCUCCGUGGGAGCUGCUGCUACCCUGAGUAAGAGCUGGGUGAGAAAUUCUGCUGGGCGAGGAGGAGGAGGGCGGCAGUGGCACUGGAAUCCUGCUGGAAUCGCUGGCUGUUCUGGCAGAAAGCCCGCAGGAGCCUUCCCACUGGAAUUCUGCAGAGGGACAGUGGCAGCAAGAAGAGCCUGAGUGGGAUCACGUCUAAAAGCCAGUCCUCUCCUUCAGUGUUCCUUUGAGCUUCUUUGUCCUUCACUUCUUCUGGUUUUCCCUGUGCCCCAUCACAUCUGCUGUUAAAAAACCGGGAAGAGAUGCAGUAAAGCAUCACCCAUCUCGGGAGGAAAGCUGGGAUUCUGCCUGGGCGGCUGCUGCAGCACAGGGCGCUGGAGAGGAGCAGAGCCAGGGGGAAUUGCUGCCGGUCCCAGCUGCUGCCGUGUCCCCUGCCCUCCCCUUGCUCCGUGUCCCCAUCCCGGGCGCUGCUUGAUGGGGAUCUCUGCCGCAGGAGCAGGCUCUGCACUCCCGGGCGGGCGAGCAGGGCUGGCACAGCUCACCCCUAGAUGCUGGGAAGGCCGUGUGGAUAAGCUGCUGGCAGAAGAUCCCUGCUGGAGCAGCUGCUGGCUGUAGGCCCAGCGAGCCAAGGGUCAGCAGAGCGGGUGCUGCAGCAUGACUUCCACGCUGGAGCAGAAGGAGAGCGCCCAGGCCAACGGGGCCGCGCUGCCCGUCGUGCCCGGGGACUGCCCCGAGCCCACCGAGGGGUUCCUGGGGCCCGGCGGCACCGGGGUGGAAGUGGUGGUGCUGGAGUCCCGAGCCAACGCCAAAGGGGUGAGGGAGGAGGAUGCCCUGCUGGAAAAUGGCAGCCAGAGCAACGAGAGCGAUGACACCAGCACGGACCGGGGUCCCGAGCCUGCCUCGCCCCUCAAGGAGACCUCGUUUUCCAUCGGGCUGCAGGUGCUGUUCCCCUUCCUGCUGGCUGGCUUCGGCACGGUGGCUGCGGGGAUGGUGCUGGACAUCGUGCAGCACUGGGACGUCUUCAAACAGGUGACUGAGGUGUUCAUCCUGGUUCCUGCUCUGCUGGGCCUGAAGGGGAACCUGGAGAUGACGCUGGCAUCCCGCCUGUCCACAGCUGCUAAUAUUGGCCAAAUAGAUACACCCAAAGAGCUCUGGAAGAUGAUUACAGGGAACAUGGCUCUGAUACAGGUCCAGGCCACCGUGGUUGGCUUCCUGGCCUCCAUCGCAGCCGUGGUGUUCGGGUGGAUCCCAGAUGGGCACUUCAGCAUGGACCACGCUGUGCUGCUGUGUGCCAGCAGUGUGGCCACUGCCUUCAUUGCUUCCCUAGUCCUGGGCAUGAUUAUGAUUGGGGUGAUCGUUGGCUCCAAGAAGAUGGGGAUCAACCCUGACAACGUGGCCACGCCGAUCGCUGCCAGCCUGGGGGACCUCAUCACGCUGGCUCUGCUGUCAGGGAUCAGCUGGGGCUUGUACAAGGAGCUGGAGAGCAAAGUCUACGUGAACCCCUUGGUGUGCGCCUUCUUCCUGUCCCUGCUGCCCAUCUGGAUUGUCAUUGCCAGGAGGAAUUCUGCCACGCGGGAGGUGCUGUACUCGGGCUGGGAGCCCGUCAUCGUCGCCAUGGCCAUCAGCAGCGUCGGGGGGCUGAUUUUGGACAGGACAGUGUCGGAUCCCAACUUCGCUGGGAUGGCAGUUUUCACACCAGUCAUCAACGGUGUGGGUGGUAACCUGGUGGCCGUGCAGGCCAGCCGCAUCUCCACCUACCUGCACAUGAGCGGCGAGCCCGGAGACAGCCCCGAGCCGGCGCCGCGGCGCUGCCCCAACCCCUGCAGCACCUUCUGCAGCUCAGACGUGAACUCGCGCUCUGCCCGCGUGCUCUUCCUCCUGGUGGUGCCUGGGCACUUGGUCUUCCUCUACACCAUCCACUCCAUGCAGGGGGGACACACCACGCUCACCCUCAUCUUCAUCAUGUUCUACAUGACAGCAGCGCUGCUCCAGGUGCUGAUCCUGCUCUACAUCGCUGACUGGAUGGUGCACUGGAUGUGGGGCAGGCACCUGGAUCCCGACAAUUUCUCCAUCCCAUACUUGACAGCUCUGGGGGACCUCAUUGGGACAGGGCUCCUGGCCCUCAGCUUCCACGUGCUCUGGCUCAUCGGGGACCGGGACUCCGAUGUUGGGGAUUAAAUCUCCCUGUUUCUCCCUUCCCACAGCUCUCCUCCUUCCAUUUGUUGUUUCUUUGCUUCCCCCUCCUGCCACCCCCACCCUGGAAGAUUUCACCUUUGAUACUGGAUUCUCAUUAUUUUCAAUGGGAAUUUUACGUGGUUUAUAUUUCAAACCAAGUUUGUACAGAAAAAUCGAUCUAGUUUUAGGAAGGACAAACAAACAAACAAAAAGUGUAACGAGACAAUCACUAAGUGCAAUUUUCGUAGAGGUUAUGUCUGAACCAAGGUUCCAGUGAAGUUCCUGCUCAGUCAGGUCAUGCAGGGAGCCCCCCCUGCCCCCUCCCUCGAGGUGAAGGGCUGCUUUUUUCGCUUCAUAAGCGUUUUACACCCUGCAGGUCGAGCUCAGGUUUGUUUAGCUGAGCUGGCGCCUUCCAGCCAAGUGCAACCUCAUGGCUCAGGGCACGGGGUAGCCCUGCCUUGGCUCUCUGAAGCUCCAGCCUGGGGCCACAUCCAAAAAUGGGGAGUGUCUAUGAGGACGAUGGUGAGGAAGGCUCCUGUGUUCACCCCAGGAAUGCGAGUGAGCUGAUUUGAGAGCCCCUGGCUGGGCUCUGCUGGCAGCUUCAGGCUGCCUUUUGCCACCCACCCCAGCAGCACGCUGCUUCUGCCUUGGUGAGCCGAGCUGAGCUGCUCUGAGCCUCGCCCAGAGGGGCUGGGAGCUCUGCCCACACCAUCCCCACUGCCAGGGAUCCUCUGCAGGACCUGCUGGAUCCCUCCUUGUGCUGCUCCCUUUCCCUCAGUGCACCCAGAGGGGUGGAUGGAUGGACAAACAGCUCCUGGUUUUGUGCCCAGGUUUCCUUUUGGCUGCUGAGGGGCCCCUUGCAGGCAGGAAGGGAUCCCUGGGGAACUCUUCCUGGACACCUCUACACACAAUUUUUCCAUCCUGCCAUUCCUGGGCUGUUCCCAGCUGGGCAGGAGCAUUUUGCUCCUGGUGUCCAUGGGAUUUCCCUGCCAGCUGGAAAAGAGCUGGGAAUGCAGGAUCACUGGAGCCCUGGCUCUUGGGGCAGCUCUGUGGCACAGGAACCCGCCCUGCCCUUGUGUAAAAGCUGGGAUGGGGGCUCAGCCCAGCUGGGGGGGCCUGGCUGAGCCCUGGGAGUGCAGGGUUCCCUCCUCUGCUGCUUCCCCUCCUGUUUCUGUGCUCUUCUCAUCAGAUCUGCCUGCAAUUCCUGCUGUUCCCCUCAGGCCAUGCUGGGAGGGCAGCAAAAACCAGAGCUCGGGGCAAACCAAGACCAAAGUUAGUCCAGGCUCACUGUCCCAGGCCAGGAUCUGCGUGCAGAGCUGGGCCUCACUCCAGAGAUGAGUUGGAAAAGAGGGUCAGGAUGAAGUUCUGGAUGAAGUUCUUUUCCAGCUCCAGAGACGAGUUGGAAAAGAGGGUCAGGAUGAAGUUCCGGAGAUCCACGGAGCAGGUGGAGCCAAACCAGGGAAUCCUGGCUGCUCCAGCCCUCUCUGGAGCUCUGCAAACCCUUCCCUGCUGCUGGUGCUGUGCAGGAGGCAGGGCUGGGCUCCAAGCUGCUCCUUCUCAGCCCCUCAGAAGAGCAGGUGUUGUAUUUUUGGGAUGAUUUCCCCCUUUUUUUCCCUUGCUAAUCCACCCUCAGGCUCAGUCCCCCUCCUCCUGUGCCCCAUGUCCUGUGUGGGAGCAGCUCUGAUCCUCUUCUGUCCCCUCUGGGGACAUUUCUCAGAUCUCCUUUGGCCAAAGCUGUGCUCAAAGGAAAAAAAACCCAACCACAAAACAAACCCUGUCCCUGCUGUGCUGAACUCUCAGCCCAGGGGCUCCUGGAGUAUUUUCUGUAAUAUUUUCUGGAGUAUUUCCUGGAAUAUUCUCAGCUGCUCACCUGAUUUCUCUGCCUGAUGUUGAGGAAUAAAUGCAAGACUCCUUCCAUUAACACUUCAGCUUUUAUGGAUACAGAGAGAAGCUCUGCUGGCCUUUCUGGUGUCGCAUCACCACUUAAUUCUCCAGGAAAGGAUUCCCUAGAGGAGGAAUCUGCCUCUCAUGGUCGGGGCUGGUGGGGUUGGGAGGGUCUGUACAUUAAAUAUGGUCAAAGGUGUGCUUGGGGAAUGGUCAGGGAAGAAUUUAAUUUAAAACUGAGGAAUAUUGAUGGAAAAAAAAAACAAAACAAAAAACAAACCUCUUCCCACUGGUUGCACUCCAAUGCAUGCCUACUCUACAGCUGCCUGCAGAUGAAAAAUCCUGGUUUACUCUUUAUUAAAGGAAAAAGACUGUCUUAAUUAUUUAUAGUUCCUAUCACUGACAGAUGUCGACCUAAUGGAUAAAUUAUAUUUGGUUAAAUAAAGAUGACAUUUAUUUA